UGCAAUGAACAACUAGGUGAUCUCGAUUGACCCAACUUAAAGUUAAGUACGGAUACCUUGUUGGAGUGGGUUGCUGAGGAGAUUUUGCAACUCCCAUGUCCGUCUAGGUCUAAGCGAAUGACGAAAAUGAAAAUGUGACCGGUCACCACGGGACGUUUGUCAAGGCCGCGAUUACGUGAUCAAUGAGAGGUCCAUGCGUCCAACGGUUUUGGUCCCACCUGCUGCACACACCCUGUGCUCCUGAGUGAACCCACCACAGCUGCGCGUCUCCGGAGUGAGCUUGCUCCAUCGACUGGCACUCAUCACAAGCCACACGACCUUCACUUACAGACCUAGUUGUUUCUUGCCCUUCUGCUUAUUUGAUUCGCCAAUCGUACAUACUCAACUUACUUUUCAGUCUCGUGUUGCUGCUCUCACAAUGCCGGCCGUCACCCGCAGUCUGAGGUCAUCGACGCGCCGGGACAAGGCCGCGCCGCCAGCAGAUGAGAAGAAGCCAUCGCCAGCGAAACCCAAGCCCACCACCAAGACAGAAAAGAAGACCAAGAAGCCAGUUCCACAAUCUCCUCCUUCUCCCAAGGCCACUGCAGGUCAAAAGAGAAAAGCAGCGGCACCAACUGUGAAGGAAGAGGAGAACAGAGCCGAGGCUGUCGAGGACGAGGACGAACCGAAGCCGAAGCCCGCCAAGAAAGCCAAGAAGCCGGCAGCAGGAAAGAAGGAAGCGCCGCCAAAGAAGACAAAGGACGAACUCAAGGCCCUGCGCGAUGCGCCUGUUCCGGACGUCAACUCCGAGGCGGAGCCACGCGAUCCGCCUGGCCAGCGGUACUGGCUCAUGAAGUCUGAGCCGGAUGUUCGCAUCGAGGAUGGGUAUGAGAUCAAGUUUUCCAUCGAUGAUUUGGCUGCCAAAAAGACGCCCGAGGGCUGGGAGGGUAUUCGGAACUACGUCGCGCGGAACAACCUGCGGGGGAUGCGAAAGGGCGACAAGGCCUUCUUCUACCACUCGAAUUGUAAAGAGCCUGGUGUGGUUGGUAUCAUGAGUAUAGCCAAGGAGCACUCGCCCGACUGGAACGCCUGCAUCAAUGACAACCCGUACUACGACGACAGCGCCCCGCACGACGGGAGCAAAUGGAGUCUCGUCCACGUCAAAAUCGAGCAUAAGUUCCCGCGGAUCGUGCCGUUGAGCCUGCUCAAGGAGUCGCGCGGUAACGGCCCACUGCAGAACAUGGAGCUGCUGAAGCAGGCUCGCCUUAGCGUCAACAAAGUCACCCCUGAGGAGUGGGAUGAAGUCAUUCGCAUGGCCAAGGAGCUCGAUGAGGACAAGGAGUGGGAUAAGACUGUGGAAGAGUCAAAGAAGUUCCCCAACUAUUCUGCAGCAUAGUGGGGGCGGGAGCAAGAAGAAGGUUGCCUUUUUUUGACCUCGUUUGAUUAGGCUGACUGACUCUGCAAGUGGUAUCAAGAAUUCGGGAUACUGGAUACAUCCCGCCGGGGGGCCGCUUCUAA